CUGCGAUCGCGUUGGAACAAGCCGCUGCCGCUACAAAAAAAUCACGCUGCGAUCGCGUUGGAACAAGCCGCUGCCGCUGCAAAAAAAUCACGCUGCGAUAGCGUUGGAACAAGCCGCUGCCGCUGCAAAAAUCACGCUGCGAUCGCGUUGGAACAAGCCGCUGCCGCUGCAAAAAAAUCACGCUGCGAUCGCGUUGGAACAAGCCGCUGCCGCUGCAAAAAAAUCACGCUGCGAUCGCGUUGGAACAAGCCGCUGCCGCUGCAAAAAUCACGCUGCGAUCGCGUUGGAACAAGCCGCUGCCGCUGCAAAAAUCACGCUGCGAUAGCGUUGGAACAAGCCGCUGCCGCUACAAAAAAAUCACGCUACGAUCGCGUUGGAACAAGCCGCUGCCGCUACAAAAAUCACGCUGCGAUAGCGUUGGAACAAGCCGCUGCCGCUGCAAAAAAAUCACGCUACGAUCGCGUUGGAACAAGCCGCUGCCGCUACAAAAAAAUCACGCUGCGAUCGCGUUGGAACAAGCCGCUGCCGCUGCAAAAAAAUCACGCUGCGAUCGCGUUGGAACAAGCCGCUGCCGCUGCAAAAAAAUCACGCUGCGAUAGCGUUGGAACAAGCCGCUGCCGCUACAAAAAAAUCACGCUACGAUCGCGUUGGAACAAGCCGCUGCCGCUACAAAAAAAUCACGCUGCGAUAGCGUUGGAACAAGCCGCUGCCGCUGCAAAAAUCACGCUACGAUCGCGUUGGAACAAGCCGCUGCCGCUACAAAAAAAUCACGCUGCGAUCGCGUUGGAACAAGCCGCUGCCGCUGCAAAAAAAUCACGCUGCGAUCGCGUUGGAACAAGCCGCUGCCGCUGCAAAAAUCACGCUGCGAUCGCGUUGGAACAAGCCGCUGCCGCUGCAAAAAUCACGCUGCGAUAG